CAAAAAAAUACAAAUAAUUCAGAGAAUAAAUACGAAGAAACUUUGAACUGCUCGAAGCUCAACAAAAGACGAGAAAGAUUAGAAGGAGAAGACGAAAAAUCGAACCUUCUCCAAAAGAGAGAAAUAAAGAAGGAGACGCCGCCAAGUUUGUACAAUGGAGCCUCCUCCAGAAAGAUCGAAACGUCUCCAUAACUUCACCUUACCUUAUCUCCGCUGGGGUCAACAGAGAUACCUCAGAUGCGUCAAUCUACCAUCACAUUCCCACCAACCAUCUCCUCAUUCUCAUUCUCCAGAUCACGCGACAACCCACAGAUCCAUCCCCAUCGCGGGAGCCGUGGCGACGUCUCGGCCUUGGAAUCUGAGGACGAGGGGAGCUGCGUGUAGUGAACACGGUGACGAAUCGCCGGCGAAGAAGAGAGGUGUCGAUGAAGAAAGGGGUAAGGAUGAGAAACUGAAAUUCUCGGUUUCGUUGUUGAAAGCAGAGAUUGAAGAGGAUUUCUCGAUUAUAAUUGGGAAAAGACCUCCGAGGAGACCUAAGAAGAGACCACGAAUUGUUCAGAAGAAACUCAAUACGAUUUUUCCAGGAUUGUGGUUAUCAGAAGAAGUAACAAUAGAUUCAUAUAAUGUCCCUGAAGCUGUUGAAACGUGACAAAGGUGUUUGACAUUCUCAAGUUUAUAUUAUCAGUUUAUUCAUAAUGUUACGUUUAGAGGAUUGUAUUAGUACUGGCUAAGAUUUAUGCGCAAGACUUCUUAACAUAGAUAACUUCUUGUAUGUUUUUCAUGGCUCGGUCCCUCCAUUUUCAAGAACGGAAAACUGCG